AAACAAAUAGAAGAAUCGUCUUGGUUUCAUAUACAAUAUGCUUUGAGAGAAGAGAAGAGAAGAGAGAGAGAUGGGCAAUUUGAUAGGCGCAUAGAUGGGAAGAAUCUCAGAUAAAAAUGGAAGCUUUGACCGCCAUUGAUUCUUCUCAUCAACCACAACACUCACGACAUCAUCUCUUGUUGUUGAUCUCUUCUAUUUCUUCUUCUCUCUGAUGCGUGUUCUUGAUUCAUCGGCUCUCAGAUCAGUCACAGAGCCCCCAAAUAGGAUACAGAGCGAACAAGGUCCUGUUUGGGAUUUGGUCCAUAGAGAAACUGUCAAGCGUCUUUUGAGAUUUUGUUUUGUGGUUUGAGGGAAAGUUUUUGUGGGCUUGUUUGUUGGUUUGGUUGGUUGGUUCUUGGAUAGAUGGCAGAAGUAUAUAAUCAACUAGAGAUCAAGUUUCGUUUAACCGAUGGUUCUGAUAUCGGUCCUAAAGCAUUCCCUGAUGCUACAACUGUUUCGGCAUUGAAGGAAACUGUUAUCUCUGAAUGGCCAAGAGAGAAAGAGAAUGGGCCGAGAACAGUGAAAGAGGUGAAGUUGAUAAGCGCAGGGAAGGUAUUGGAGAACAACAAGACGGUUAAAGAUUACCGAAGUCCAGUCUCUAAUCUCGUAGGCGCAGUCACCACAAUGCACGUUAUCAUCCAACCUCCCGUUACUGAAAAAGAAAAGAAGCCUAAAGGUGACCCGAAGAUGAACAAAUGCGUCUGUGCAGUCAUGUAAGAGAGUAGCAAAAUCUCAAGAGAGAGUCAGAUUUCUGGUCCUUUUAAGUUUGGUCCCUGAUGUGGUUGGUAUAGAUUGUUUACUAAUACAGAUACGAAAUUAAAAGAGUAUUGAACCAUUUUUUUUUAGAUAAGUAUAAAUCAAAAGCUCUUCUCUAGCUUGUUGCAAAAGUAAAUUAUAGUGUAGUAAUGAUUCAGAUCCUCUUUAAGACACAAGAAGACUCUGUUUUAGCUAUA